AUGCCAACACCAUCGCCAGCAGCUAACCAGCAAAAUCAACAUCAACAACCCCAAGACCCCCAAGACCAAGCCUCCCCAUCCCCACCCCCUCCCGCGCCCAUCCCUCUCACCCCAGGGCCCCGCGCCUCACGUCUCCAACAAGUCUUCUCCCAAGCCCUCCAACAUACCAUCCGCGCCAAUUCCUACGCAAACUUCUCCGCCUGCUUCCCCACCCCGGCCAAACAUGUCCCGCAAAGCCUGGAGUCGGUCUGGCGGCAACUAAACGCGAAGCUGGAGGAGAGUGCUCGUGCGGAGUUUGAGGAUGUGCUGAGGGUGAGGGAGGUGGUGAGGGGGUUGAAUGAAUUGGAUCGAUUGGUUGGGGAGGCAAGGGUGAGGAGGGAGAAUGGAGAGGGGGAGGCGAAUAUGCCUCCUCACACACUAGGAGCAAAUGCUCUCUAUCAAGCACACCUUGCGCCAUAUCUGGCAGAAGCGCAAUCGUCACUAAAUGCGAAAUUGGCAUCCGUUCAGAACGAGAAUAUCAACCUUUCGGAGAAAGUUGGAGCGCAGAGACGGGAGAUUGAGCAGCUGUUAUCUGGCCUUGAAGCAGUGAUUAGUGACGUGGAGGGCGCCGCGGAUGCUAUGGCGGCCUUUGACAGGAACCGCAGCCUUCGUCAAGAGGCGCAGGAGAUGGAUGAUGAGGUUAAGGCCGCUCAACGCCAGCCAUGA